AUGGCUGUUCGUUGUCAGUUUGAAAACUCGUCCGAGAUUGGCGUGUUUGCUCGGCUUACGAAUGCAUACUGUCUGGUCGCGAUUGGCGGCAGUGCGAAUUUUUACUCGACCUUCGAGGCCGAGCUUGCCGAUGUGAUUCCUGUGGUGCAUUGCUCGAUCGCAGGUACGCGCCUCGUUGGGCGUCUCACCGUCGGCAACCGUCACGGUCUGCUUGUUCCCUCCACAACCACCGACCAGGAGUUGCAGCAUUUGAGAAACUCUCUUCCCGAGUCUGUUGCCAUUCAACGCGUCGAGGAGCGUCUUUCGGCGCUAGGAAACGUGAUUGCUUGCAAUGACUACGUCGCAUUAGUACAUCCCGAUCUGGACCGCGAGACAGAAGAGAUCAUUGCCGAUGUGCUCAAAGUGGAAGUGUUCCGUCAGACGGUCGGUGACAAUGUACUGGUAGGCUCGUACUCUGCGAUUUCGAACCAAGGAGCGCUCACACAUCCACGUACAUCGUUGCAGGACCAGGAUGAACUGUCUUCGCUUCUCCAGGUUCCUCUGGUUGCUGGAACCGUGAACCGUGGUUCGGACCUCAUUGGUGCAGGUCUCGUGGUCAACGAUUUUGCCGCUUUCUGUGGCACCGACGCCACCGCUACCGAAAUCAGCGUCAUCGAGAGCGUCUUUAGACUCACCGGCGCUGCUAACACUGGUGACGCCGUCAACCAGCUCAGAGAUGCGCUUGUCGACACCUAUGCUUGA